AUGAUAGAUCUAGAUCACGCCGUCUCCCCCGCCAGCACGGCGUCGCGUGCACCCAAUACCCCGAGCGCGCGCAGCCAUCGCGACGAAGUGCAACCCAGGCCUUCUGUGCUCUUGUCCUCUCCUUCUUCCAGAGAGUCCAGCCCGUCAAGCGCCGGGUCGCCCUCUCAGCGGCAUUCGCCCCGAAGUAUUGCCCUCGAGCCACCGCAACUGCCAUUUCUGUCGGCCAAUUACGUCGCACGUCGACCGCAGGAAUCUCUUGUAUCGUCCCCAGAGACACGUCGAGCAGAGAGCAGUGUUUACUACACCACGGCCUGGGGUUCCCCGUAUGCGGCACCCAGCACUCGUCGACUCUCGUUAACACUCAGUCAAUUUGCUGGUAUCGAUUCCAUUUCACGCGAGAGCUCCCCUCCCGUCUCGAUCGGGAUCAACCCCCCUGAGCUUCGCCGAGCAAGUGUUGCCGAGGGAUUUGCGGGCCCAUCGAUCGCCGGAGAGAGGACUAUCCGGGACUUUACCCAAGAUUGGAUCAAUCAGUAUUUAACCGGUCAACAGAGAACGGAGAAGAGCAACUGGUUGAGCGACGACUCCGGGAGUGAGGCUCCGUCCUUUUUCACCGCGAAAAAUCAUCUCGCCGACGAUCUCUCCGACGAUUGGCUUGGCCUUGAGGACGAGACGCGCGAAAGUGAUCUACUCAAGACCCCAACCCUUUCGGACUUUGUGGGUCGAAAGACCGCCCUGAGAGCGAAAGGAAAACAGAACAAGCACAAGCGCACAGACACGCUGCGCCAGGAGGACUUUUGGGGAUUUGCGUACGACAAAGAUCAACCGACAGAUACAAUGGCUGCUUCCCUAGACUCAAAUCAGGGGGUCGAGGCUUCCUCGUCAAUGGAGAAACCACUACCUCCACCUCCUCCAUUCCAUGCGGCAGAUGAUCAAGAAAAGGAGGAGGGCGCCAUACGGCCCGCAGUACAACCGGAACUUGGGAAGAGGCAGGCCGAGGAUACGACCGCAUCGCCAGUUCCAGCCGCACGACCACGGAAGAAACUCGUGUGGCGUGGAAAGGCCUGUGUGAUAUAUCUGCCCCAAGACGACCAACGAGGGACCGAACAGUCUGGAUAUCGCUUGAUGAAACGGGCAGAUGUCGAAGAGAGGCUUAGACAGUGGAAAGAGCAGGGUUGGGAUGUGCGUGGGUUUUCAGUGGGAGAUGAGGACGAUCCCUCCACAACAACUGAGCUUGGGGGACUGAGCCGCCCACUGUACCCCGAUCCGUAUGAGAUUUAUGAAGAGUCGAAGCAUCAGAAGCCCUUUAUCCAGUUCCCCAACAAGGCCGUCUGGGACGCCUACGUUGCCGAGCUGCAGGAAGAAAAACUACGAGCCCUGGGGGUCUCCUUCGGUGACCCUGAGCCUCAGCCGUCCAUUUCCCCGGCGUCUGCUGCACAAACGCCUUUCCCAGGCCUCAUAGCGUCGCCACCGAUCCCGACUGCGUCCGCUGCCAGCAAUGCCAUGGGUCAGAUCCAUCCAUUCUCGCCGCACUUUGGCCAGCCUGUGGGCUCCAGCGGCGGCAUUGGGUCAUUGACCUCGCCUGCAUCGCAGUUCAGUGUGCAAACUCCAUUCAUGGGCAUUGAGCAGAACAUGAUGCCAGGUUAUCCAUUCCAGUUCCAGCCCACGCCGCCUGCGCAAGGUGCGAUGACUCCGCAAAGUCUGAUCAAUCUCCGUCAUGCGAGUACAUCUGGCGGUCCCGGGGCACUGUCCAGCCUCAAUUCGAUGCUUUCGCCCGUAUCGCCCCUUCACGAUCAAGGACAUCUCCAUGGCUUCAACGAAAAGGCUGCGUGGGAAAACCAGUAUGCAUUUGACGGUCAAGAAGACACACAGCCAUUCCCUGCACCUCAGACCCCUGUCAAUGCUCCGGAUCAUUUCCACGCGUCCAACGUGGAGAUUGCUCACCCAACACCUCGUGGUCAUGGUCACAAUCUGAGCGAGACCCUCCAAAGAGGCCUUGACCAAAUGAAUCAUUCUGAGUAUCGUGUGGAUGACCAGCCUGCGCAUCAUGUCCAUGGGGAACGUCAUGACCCCCCGUCAGGUUUCAAUAACAGCGUCUUUCCAUCUCACUGGGCUAUGCAUGAGCAUGAACAACAGCAUCGCAUCCAUAGCAACACCCAACAACCCUCGCAUCCCUUCGUCGCACAACCACAGCCCCACGGCUUCUACAACGCGCACUUUGGCCAGCCAGAUGCUCAAGAUGGCUCUGACUUGGACACCAACCCCAGUCUCAGCGGCACGCCACAUAUUCGCAAUGCCUUUCCUCAUCAAGAUGCAUGGCAUGAAUCUAAAGCAAGCCAUCACUCGAAACUUUCAGUCUCGUCGCUUAACGUUGAAGCCAAGCCUUUUGACCCAACUGCCUCAUUCGUUCCGCCUGCCACCUUCGACCACAACGCCUAUCAGUUCGGUGCUAUGGAUGGAAUGGGCCAGCCUGGACUUGGAUUCACACCUCUGCCAUCAUUCGCACCCUCUCACCCUGUGAAUGCUGCUCUCACGCAGAACACGGCACCCAAGCCCGAACAGAAGCCCAGCGCAUUCAAAUUCUCCGCUGCGUCGUUCAACGUUGAAGCGCCCGAGUUUAACCCCUCAGCAAGUCUCAAUUCAAAUGCAAGUGUCGAACAGCCGUCUGGCAGCAGAACCAAAAUCUUCAGCGACAUUGAUUACGCUGGACAUGCCAAAAUCUCGAAGGAAUCGAAGGCUGUUCCAAUUGUUCGCCCUGACGAGGACAACUCCAUCCAGCAAGAAUAUAAUGAGCAGGAAACGAUGGAUGAUGCCAGUGGCCGACCAGUCCCUACAGACCGUCAUAAGCGUGCCCGUCGUGGCAUUGGCCAUGCUCAAGGGGAGGCAAGGUACAGCGUUUCUACUCAACCUUUAGGUGAGACCGGCAACGUGAAGCCGGCCAGUAGUCUUCACACUUUUGCGGAGGGCAAAGAGAAUGUUGUCCCCGAAGACAGUGGGGCUGCAGAGCGACGGGGCACCCCUACAAGCGAGGCUACUACUUGGACUCUGUUCGAUAUCAAGAAUGAGGACGGCGCCAUGCGUUCACGCGCCGGCUCAACCGCCCGCCGAAGCCAAAACGGAGAUAUCAAGGAAGAGCCUCUGGGUGAGGCCGAGGCUCACACCCAACAAAGUCCUACUCCAGUUCAAAAGACAACGAAGCAUGCGCGUCAAGAGUCUCAAAUUUCCGUGAAGAGCAACAAGCUGUCCGCAGGCGCUCGACCAUCUGAACUUAAGUCCGCCGUCUCUUCAUUCACUGCCUCUAGCGGCGCUCCUCUGCACGCAAAACAAGCCAAUGUGGAGUCAGUAGAAUUCGAGUAUGAUGAGCCCCGAAAUAUCGACAGUCAGCCUAUUAAAAAUGGACUCAUGGCGUCACGAUUCGCAACCGCAAGUCCCCCCAAGUCCAACCGCGCACAAGAUGCAAGUGAUUUGGUUAUGGAAACCCCGCGAGCCAAGCCUGAUCUUUCUCGCUGGCAAGAAUCAGCAGAAGAAUCUCCAGACGAAGAUGAGCUCAACGCUAUUAUGGAUCAACUCAAUGAUGAUUCGGAUGUGGGCAUUGAGCGUCAGCAUACGCCCUUGCCUCCUCAAUACGCCCCUGAAUCGGCACCGACUAAAGAGCAUCGUUUUGGUCCCGCCGAAGGCCGCAGUGAAGCUCCCAGCCCGAGUCCAGGCGGUGGCCAGAGGUCUUAUAAGCUGGCAAUCCCCAGACUCGGCUCUGACAUUGACGUCAACAGCAAUGCCACCUUUUCACCUCACAAGAGCAUCAUUUCACGUAUUCACUCUCCGGUGCGUCAUCUGAUUACCGAGAAUGAUCACGUCAGCGACUGGGAUGACAUGAUCUCAUCGGGCGAGGAUGAGAAGUUCUUCAAUCGUAACCGCUUCUUUGAUCGCCGUAUCAACGAUCUUGUUGGGUCGGCCAUUGACGAGCGUUUGACUCCCCUGGAGCGAGCCCUCGCCGUGAUUCAACAGUCCGUGGCUACUAUUGCUUCGGGAACCGCGAGUCGAAGAGUGUUCCGCAGCACAUCUGCGGAGGUUGAAGACAGCGAUGCCGAUGAUGAAGAUGACGAGGAAGAAGAUCAAUCUGUUCGCGAACGCUCUCCGCAUUAUCUGCGUGACCGCAAACUGGAGAUGUUGAAGAGUGUUGUCAUAGAAGCCCUUGUCACCCAUGACAUACCCAAUCGUGUAACACAACACUCAAGCCAUAGCGAGAUGGCUCAACUCAAGGAGAGUAUUUCUGAGCUCCAAGCCUUGACGAUCAAGAAAUUGGCGCAAGACCCUGUUGGCGAUAUGCGUGAGAUUCUCGAAGAGUCCCUUGCCCGUCACAUGGCCCAGCAGACCCCGCGACUGUCAGAGGCGGAAGAAAUCGGCGCCGACAGCCUCAUGCUUCAGAUCGAUGGCCUCAAACAAAUGUUGAGACUCGCCGACGAGCGCGCUGAGACCGAAUACAGGCUCCGCCGGGAGGCAACUGACUCGGUUGCCGAGCUCCAGCACCUGUUGAAGGUGGCUGAAGAAGACGCUGCUCGUCACAGCACUGCAGCAGAAGAUGCAGAAGCACGCCUACUCCAGUUCAAGGAAGAGAAGAUCCCCCAUCUUGAGAAGAUGCAAUUCCGCUCGGAAGCUUUGGCCGAAGAGAGCGAAACACUUAAGGUCACGAUUGCCGAGUUGUCGACGAAGAACAUUGCUCUUGAAGGGACACUAGAUGAAUACCGUGUCUCUGCAGAUAGCUUCCGUCGCCAACUGGAGACAACCAAGGGCGAGAAUGCGUCUUUGCGCGAGACUGUUGAUGCUCUGCGAACUCGCAUCGAGGAUAGCAUGGCUGCCCGACAAAAUUUGACAGAGAAAUUCGACAGGUUACAGUCUGACAUGGUGAAUGUUACUUCUGAUGUCGUGCGCGAGCAGGCUGCCUUCAGGCGCAAGGAAGAAGAGUACGUUGCCAAUUAUAAGGCACUGCAGGCCUCGUAUGAUCGGGAGGUCAAGCUGCGUGAGAGACUCGAAGAAGAGAUUCAUCAACUUGAAAUGCAAGAAAAGGACUCAGCGAAGACCAAGUUCCUCUAUGAACAAUCGCGGCAAGAGAAUUUCAAGAUGGAGGAGACUAUUGCUAUUCUCAGAGCUGAAAACCACAACCUCCAGCUCACUUCUGCUCGUUUUGAGCGUGAAUUCAAUGAGGCUCGCGACAGCAGUCGUGUAGAGAUCCAGCGCAUUCGUUCAUCCUUGGAAGCCGAUAUCGAAGCCUCCAACAGUCAGGUUAAUAUUGUUCGGGCCGAGUUGGAGGCACAGAUCCUUCGCUAUGAAACUCAACUGGACAAUGUCCGGCUGGAUGCCGACACUUCGCGCGAGCGCUAUGAAAUGCUUCUUGAAGAAGCCAAGGAAGCGCGUCUCAAUGCCGUGGCAACUGCGAACCAGGCGCGAGAAAUCGCUCUUGAAGAACAGCGCAAGACCCAUGAACGAGUACUCAACGAUCUUCGAGAACGCCACGCCCGGGCUUUGCACAACUCCUCCGAGGAUCGCCAGCGGGCUGAGGCUCACAUGAUCGAUCGGUUGGCUUUGGCCGAUGACCGAGCGAGACACUACGAGGAACGAGUCAAACACCUCGAAGAGAAGCUGGAGAUUGCUCAAUCUGCUGCUCGAGCCGCUGCUGAAGCAGCGCAGAACGCGAAAUCUGGGUCUUCUGCCAACGAGAUCCCGAUCCCCGGAGCACCUGUUCACUCGACCUCACCGUCCAUGUCCUUCAACAAGACCUCUCAGGAACCCGAGAGAAUAUCACCCCAAGCCCUGCGUGAAUCGAUCUUCGUCUUACAGGACCAGCUUCAGCAGCGUGAGACUCGGAUUGAGGAGCUUGAACAGGAGGUCGCUUCCAUGGACAAAGAUGCUCCGAACAAGAUCAAGGAAAGGGAUAGCGAAAUCACCUGGCUUCGUGAGCUUCUUGGCGUUCGUAUUGACGAUUUGCAAGAUAUCAUCAAGACCCUCUCGCAGCCCUCAUUCAACAAGCAUGCCGUUCGUGAUGCCGCUAUCCGUCUCAAGGCCAACUUGCAGAUGCAGCAACAGGAGCGCGAACGAUCAAUGACCGGCUCUGGCUUACCGUCAUUGCAAUCCCUCUCCGAGCUCGCCGCAUCGCCGAGAUCGCUACCCCUAGCUGCAGCCGCCGCCUGGGGUAACUGGCGGAAGACUCGCGAGGGUGGCAAUGGAGGCUCUACGUCUUCCCAACAAACGCCUUCCAAGCCCAGCAAUGCUGGCAGCUUCUUGUCUGGUCUCCUGACCCCCCCUAGCUCUCAUGCCCGUCAGAAUACCUUGAGGAGUGGUGCUAACGGACGCUCGUAUGGCGAAACGAGGCCUUUGAGAGGUCUCGACUCCACACCCCGUCAAGAGCCAGUCCGCCAGGAGAGCCCGAUUGCCGAGCCGCCGAAAACCCCGCCCCUGCUCCGUCGCUCGAGUUACGAUCACGAUGCAGAGCCCACUAAUUAUGAGGAAAAUCACUUCGCGUCGGACGACAUCGAGUCCACCGUUGAUGGUAUGGUUUCUGCAUCACCAAAGGAUUCCGAAGAGGGCCCCUUUGGGCCAUCCAUCUCUACAGAACCGAUCCCUGAGGAGUGA